GAAAAUUUUCGCAGUUUUCACAUUUCUUUUUACGAUUAAUAGUCUUUGAAAUCGUUUUACACUCUACAUGUCUCUGGUCGUAAGAAAUCGAAAGGUUUCCAGUACGGUCAGUGAUCAGUGAUUCGAAUAAUUCAUGUUGUUUUAAAAUGUUAGAGAAGAUUUACCCCUUGCUAACACAGUCGACACGAACGCUGCUGAAAGCGUUGAGACCAGUCCGAGCAGCAAACAUUCAACAGUCUCUUGGUUUGUCUACUACUGCUGCAGACGAUCAAGACAAAGAAGACAGGGACCGAAAGGCAUCCCCUCCCAUGUCUGUCACCUGCUGCAGACUCAUCGAAGCUUUGCGGGGUUCGAUCAGUUGUUCUCCAGUUUCAUUCGGUGUGUAUCCUCGAUCUGUUGAGGACUUCACCCUAUACUACGGGAAAGACACUAAUGCCAGACGUAUCUCUCUGCACAAUGCCAGCACGGACGAGCUGGAGCAUCUGUACUGCGCCUGUGAUCCAGCCACGUUUGGACGGAAUGCGGAGGCUGUUCUGGACGAAUCCUACCGUAAAGCUGGCAAACUGGAUGUCGAUGAGUUCUCAGCGAAGUUCGACGUGGAACGGUCGGGUUUGCUGGGACGGAUAAAGAGCGAUCUGCUGUCGGGAGACGAGCACAACAGACAUGUGGAAGCGCAACUGUACAAGCUCAAUGUCUACGGCAAAGGUGGCCUCUUCAAACCGCACCAAGACACACCGCGGGGCGCCAACAUGUUCGCCUCACUGGUUGUCGUUUACCCCACCCCCCACGAGGGUGGCGCGUUGGUGCUGCGAUCGGGCGGCAAGGAAUGGACGUUCGACUCCGCCAAGGAACUGGCCUCACUCCGCACACCGUCCAUCGCGUACAUGGCCUUCUACAGCGACAUUGAGCACGAGAUUUUGCCGGUGCACAGCGGCCACCGCGUCACACUGACGUACAAUUUAUACUUCGCACAGCCAACCUUCCCCGAGUUUAGCAUCCCCGUCAACCAGGCCUGCUUGGAGAAGGAGCAGUUGUUCAAAGACAAUCUGGCGAAGCUGCUUGAUGAGCCGGAUUUCUUGCCGAAAGGUGGCGUGAUUGGUUUUGGUUUACAGUAUCAAUAUCCGGUGGCUGUGGAUCUUAAGCAGCCCUUUGGAUCCACGAUGGAUUAUCUGAAAGGCAGCGAUGCCAUGAUUCGCCGGGUGUGCCGGCAGCUGUCGCUGCCCUUCCAGCUGAAGAUCUACACACAAGACGACAGAACCAACGUUGCCGUCCUGACCGAUCAUGUUGUUCAGCUGAAAAAAUGGAAAACGCUCGGAGGGGGGUAUGUUUUCGAAACUCUGGCCGAUGAGGAGGGUGCGAUUGUCCUGCGCUCUGAUGACUGCUGCAACUGUGACGGGGACAGUCUGGAGGAUUGGUUGGAGCCCCUGGGGGCUCUGGAUAUUCAGUGGAUUACGGAAAUAACAAAACAAAACAUCACCAGAACUGCGUUUGUAUUUUACGGGAAUCAACCCGAGCAGGAUUACUUCUACGGAACAAUGUGCCUCAUCGCCGAAGUUGGUCCUCCCGGAGACCGAAUCAAAUGACCCUUCGUGUCCUCAUCGAGAACCCAGACGCCUCCAUGAACAUUGCUCUGUUAAACGAAUUAUGAUUGCUUUCUGAGUCUCCUUCCGACCAGCGCGCAUUGGACCAUUUGUACAGUACUUGUAAAUUUGUGCCGCCACAGCUCGGACCGCACUUAGAUAUAAUAUCACGCUGACCUUUAAUGGACUGCAAAAGUUAAGUGAUUUAACAUCGGGCACACGGCAAUAUCGGCCAGCGUUAAAAUAUCAAUUUUGCAGUCCAUUGUACAUGAGCGCAGCGUUGAGUGGUGUUGCUGAAAUUUGUUUCUCCUUCC